UUUGGGUGUGACGUGACGCGUCUCUGUUGACUGGAUGAACUGAAGGUGAAGGAAAAUGCAGAUACUGUUUUUAAUCUGGAUGCUGCAGCUCAUUAACGUUUCAAAAGGCCAAGACAGCACAAGUGUUCUGAGGUUCAAAGGUAGUGAUCCAGUGGGAAACAGCUGUCAUGCAGGAUGUGCGACAUGUUCUGCACUGAACGGCUGUCUCUCCUGUAAACCCCGCUUCUUCUUCCACCUGGAGCUGGAUGGGAUCCAGCAGAGGGGGACGUGUAUGUCCUCCUGUCCUCGAGGUCACUACGGCAUGCGCUCUCCCCACAUCAGCACUUGCAUCAAGUGCAAGGCGGACUGCGCUUCCUGUUUCAGUGAAAACUUCUGCACACGCUGCCAUCCAGGCCACUUUCUGUUCCGGGGCAAAUGUGGGAGCAGCUGUCCGAACGGGCUGACAGCAAACACAGCCUUGCGGGAAUGCACAGAGUGCCCUGCAGGAUGCGAGCUGUGUGUGGGGAGGAACAAUUGUACAAGGUGCAGAACAGAUAUGUACCACCUCCAUGGCCAGUGCAACCACACCUGUCCCCCAGGUUUUGAGCCUGAUGUUCAGGUCAUGCAGUGUGUCCCCCAAAUUCAUUGCGAAGUUGGAGAAUGGACGAGUUGGGGUCAGUGUGUUCGGAAACAGAACACGACGGUCCACAGGAGGGGAGAGGAAACACGUACGCGACACAUUCUGCAUCCACCAAGCGCCUCCGGUGACCCCUGCCCUCAUGUUGCAGAGAUCAGGAAAUGUGCAACAAAAAAGAUGCAGAAAAUCAGGUCGGAAUAAACUGAGGAAAUCACUUGUAAAUGGUUAAAAACAAUCUUAUACCACUUGCUUACACUUUUAGGACUUGGUAGGAUCUAUGCAACCUUACUGAUUUUUUUUUAUUUCAGCAGAAAUGAAAAUAAUGGUUGCUUUUUUUUUUUUUUGCAGUUUUAUGGUAGAAAUCUAAUAGGAUCUCAUAUUUAGAAACCACGGUUUCUAAAUACUACUUUGUUGUACUUUUUCACUCUAACAUUUCAAACUGACAGCUGCUUUUAUCCCUUUCUAGCAAAUGAUGUAGAUAAAAUAAAACAACUGUGUGAGGAAUAAAUCUGAUCUUUGCA